AUGGAAUGUCAUCAAUCGAUAUUUCAAGAUUCAAAUCCUGAAGGGGUAGAAAAGGUCUGUAAGUAUUAUUUAGAAUUUCAAAGAAAGACCAAUGGUUGCUUUAGACGUGAAAAUAAUCAAACACAAAUACAGAAAUUAACUUAUUGCAGAGGACUUGAUAGUAUCGCCUUAGACGAAAACAAGAAAUCUAUAUAUUAA